AUGUCGAAAGCGGAAAUGAGUGUGCUCGAGCGACGACUCCGUCCCAUUUACGGUAGAAAAUCCGAAAAAUACGCCCCGAAAACUCUUAAUUUUACCCUUUUUAGAUGCUCUGGACAGCGGAAACUACAAGAAGUCCAUGCAGGAAUGCGAGAAAGUACUCAAAAAGCAUCCGACCACCACCGCCGCCAAGGUUUUCAUCUAUUUAUUGUCAGAACUCCACGAAAAAUGCGUGUUUUAGGUUCUCAAAGCGCUGACGCUGAUUCGGCUGGAAAGAGCCAGCGAGGCGUACGAGAUCCUCGACGAAUUGGACGUGGCGGGCGUCCGUCACGAUGAUCUCACUCUUCAGGCCUUCGUUCAUUGCUAUCGAGUAAUUUCCGCGAAUUUUUUACGAACAAUUAUGCAAAAUGUUGAUUUUUUGCAGGACAGCAAUCAGCCGGGCCGAGUAGUGACUUUAUACGAGAAAGUGAUCCAAGUGGACCCGAACGAGCACACUCUCACCCAACUUUUCAUGGCCUACAGUCGACAGAGGUCAGAAAAUUGAGAAAAAUCACGGAGAAACUCGAAAAUUUCCAUUGCAGAAUGUACAAGGAGCAGCAGAAAGUGGGUUUGCGGCUGUUCAAGGAAAUCGGGAACACUCCCUACUAUUUCUGGACCAUUAUGUCAGUUGUCAUGCAGGUUUGUACGCUUCUCCAAUCAAAGUCUCCAGAAACCGGGUUAUUGUAGGCGCAGGAGAACCCGGCGCUGGCGAAAAAGAUGCUCUACCCGUUGGCGGAGAAGAUGUUCACGCAGCAGAUCGAAAAGACGGGCUACACAGCCGGCUCGACUGCCGAAAUAGAGCUGCAGCUGCUGAUUCUGGAGGGCCAGGAGCGGUGGAAGGAGUGCGCCGAGUUUGUGGAGCAGCCGAAGGCCGCCGGACUGCCCAUGGCCCCCUACAAUUUGGUGGAGAAGGACGUCGACUACCUGAUCAGGGACGGACAGUUCAAGAAGGCCGACGAUAUCUGCACGCGGAACCUCGACAAUAUGUAAGCCUAUUUUAAGGAUCUCAUAUUGUCAAGGUUUCAUUUUUGCAGGCCGGACAGCUGGGGACUCUGGACGCAUUUCGUUGACUCGACUAUGACUCAAGUCCAGAAACUGUUGGCGACGAAAAAAGAGGACGAUCUGCAAGUGUGAGGCCCCGAAAACCCGCCGACAAAACCCGGCUUAAAUCACAAAUUCAGGGCGAAAAAGAAGAUGUGGGUGCUCGGAGAGAUCGUGAUGUACCACAAGGAGAAAGAGGGGUACAAGUACCGCGGUCCCUACCUGAUCACCUUUUUAAUCCUCCAAAAGUUUGCCAAAAUGGACAAAUUGGGCGAUUUGAACGCGCUUUUCGGAGAGUUUGUCGAUAAACUGAUGGAGUACGUCGAGCACUUCUACAAGAAGCCCGUCUGUUUCGGCGAUUUGCAAAUGGUACGGUUUUGUGGUUUUCCGCGCGAAAAAUUAAAAAAUUUGCAGUUCUUCGUCCUGCUGACCGCCCAACAAAAAGAGGAUUUUCUGAAGCGGCUCACCGAGUGGAUGAACAGAAUUUCGGCCGAAGACGACGUCGAGGGAGAUGUAAGCUAUCGGAAAAAGCGAAAGUGCUAUUCGUUGUUUGCCUUGCAGGAAUCGAAAGUCUGGGCCACGAUCCUGAUCGAGAAGUGCCGUCGGACGCUCGGAGAAUACGAAAAACUCGAUGCCGCCGCGCAUCGAUCGCUUUUCCAGCAGUUCAUCGCCCAAAUUGCUGCGGUAAAAUACUUUACAGAAAUGGAGCGAGAGAGUGCGAGACGCAGAUGGGCCUGUAAACCGUCGGCUGCUUUGACGCGCUCCUUGGACUUUAGCUGCGUGCCGUCGGGAGGAUACUGGUUCACUUUACUUGAUUUCUUGGGAAUGUGUUCAUAAUGAUUGAAACUCGCAAAGAUGUCAAUGGGUCACUAGCAAAACAGCUUCCGUGCGUGCGUUUUGUGUCUCUUUGCUAGUUUACAUCAUAAUGAACACAUUCCCUAAAGAUCAAGUGAAAUGAAUCGGUAUCCUUCCGACGGCACGCAUCUGAAGUCUCAGAAUGGCCAAGCAGCCGGCGAUUCACUAGUUUGUGUCUGCGUCUCGUUAAAUCUCACACUGUUUCGCGUUUUGACGGUGUUAAAAUGCAAACGAAACUGCGAACGUCAAGCUCAGCCUGAAUACAAUUUUUGCAGCCGGGCCGAAGCGAGCAUGCGCAAGGAGUGCUGUGCAACCUGACUUGUGCCCAUCUCUGGGAUGCAUAUCGGAAAGAGAGUCAGUUUUUGAAAUGAAUAUAAUAAUGAGAAUAAAGUAGUGUAGAUGACCUGGAGAAGUUCUACGAGAUGGUGCUUCUGUUGGAGUACGUGGCGACCAGCAACAAAACGGAUCCAAUGUGCAAAUUGUCGCUCAUCAGGGCCUACGCAGCUAUUUGUACGUUUGGCUCUGAACGUGUCACAAAAUUUACCCGAAAAUUGAAAGUUUAGGCUCGACCGGUCGCAUAAAUGUGCUGGUGAAGACGCUGGAUAUAAAAGCGAUCCAGCUGGACACGCUCGGACACAUGACGUUCCCGGUGUUCGAGACUUCGGGCCGAUUCAAUCUGGCCAUCAUUCAGAACCACCAGCUCAUGAUGAUGUACGAGCAGGCAGAGAAGGAGGCACACACAUUUUACAGAGGAAAUCUGACAGAAGACUCGAUUUUCAGGUGCAAGACUGCAUUGCGCAGGCGUACCGCAACGGAAAAUUCUCGGCGAUCCCGAAAAUGACGGCACUCAGCAAUCAAGUCAGAAAUUCGGCGCAGGUAGGAUAG